AUGGCGUCCACUUCGGCGGCAGCGUCCACUGCGACCGCUUCAAAUGCGCAACCGUCGACGAGCACAGGCGCCAGUGUCAACAGCCAUGCACAUACGACACCUAUUAUUGCGACAGGGGAUUGGACGAAGAAUCUUGUGCAGUUGGCAAAGACGGCGGAAUUGAAGAAACAUGCAUUGACUCUGCAACUACAUACAGCACAUAUACUGUCUGCGCACGCUUCACUUGAACAGAAGAACAAAGCGAUCCAGGACCUGAAAGAGCAAAAGAACAAACUGGAGAGCGAAAGAAAUCGCCUUCUAAAUGCCCUGAGAGAGGUCAACGAAGACCGAGACAAGGCGGACCUCCUAGAGGCCAGCCUUUCAAAAGAAUGCCAAGACCUGAACGCCAAAAUCAAGGUCAUCUCCGACGGGGACUACGCGAUCGCUAAACGAGACGUCGACCGUCUCAGACAAGAACUGGGACAACCGCCGCUGCCCAGCCUGAAAGAAAUACUCGAAGAGAAGGGGAUCGCAUACCUGAAGGAUCGCAUGAAAGCAGGAGACAAGAGAGCGGCUGCGGACGGUGCCGAGGGACAGCCCGGCAAACGACCGCGCGGUCGACCCAGGGGGAGCAAGAACAAGAAGCCUGUGGCAGCUGCUAAUACCCAACCGGCUCCCAGCGGUGCGCCGGGCCCUUCGACAUGAUGUACCAAUGCCUCCGUCAGUAUCCAACUGUUGUCUAGGACUGGUCUUCUGUAUGUUGUCUGAUCUUCAUUUCCCAUUUCAUUAUGUUUGCCGUAUGACUAUGUCCCGUUCUCCUGUCUACGUUAGUAUACCUUUUCACACAUUCCAUGUAUCCGGUACUUGGCCCCUGAAAUGAUAUCGCAAUUGCAUUGACUGAGAGCAAAUCCAUGAACAAUUAUAAUUACAUCUAUAUCACGUCUUACUGUAAGCUACAUCCAAACGGACCAGCAGAACGAACGACGCAGAAUAGAGGGGGGACGUAUGUACGUUUGGGCUCGCUAGAGGUCGUCACAAAUGACAACUGAUAAAAGCAGAAGCGAAGAUAGUGGUUAUGGUCUGUUGUGCAAAGGUGCAAGAAUGAUGAAGGUGAAGGCACGCGGGGAGGGACCGGGAAUGCCAAAAGUCAAUGCAUGUGCCGUUACUUCUCGACUCUCUCUAUCUUGGUAUAUCAAGUAUCCAAAGUAAUCGUCACUUUAGGCGGUGUCAUAACAUAUCAACGAGCGCGGCGUCCCGGUAAAAGAUCGUAACAAUAUCAAUAUCAUUUCGUGCAGGCUUACUUAUUGCCGCGGUCCGUAGGAGCCAUUGCCAUUCUGGCUCUUCAGAUUUGAGUAGCUGGGCAUCCUGCUGGGCGGCGCAGGAGAAGGCGUGCGCGAGGGGAAGGGCGAGCCGUACGGCGCGCUGAGGUACCGGCUCGUUUCCGUCGUCUCGCUGAAAUAGUCGGACCCCUCGGAUUUCUCGUUCGCGAGCCCAAGCGCCGAGGCGAAGGCGCGAGGGCUGCCGAAGGGCGAGGGUCGUUUGGGCGCUGGGAAUUGGCCGAGGAUGGGCGCAUCGGACGAAAUGGGCGUGCCAGGGUACGGUGUGCCCGCGGUCUUGCCGGACACCGAGGUCAUCAUGACAUUCGGAAUCGGAGGCACCUCCUUUCCUGCGGGUUGGUUGUACAUCCACGUAGCGAUGAGGACUGUCGAGGAGCCCAGGACGAAGGAGGGUGUUAUCCGGAAGUGGAACAGGACGACGGAAGCCAAGAACGACAGUAUAAUCGAGAGACUUGUUGCGAAACCCUUCAAGAUAUUGUCGGAGUACUUGAUGACUACCGCCGUAAUCAGCCCACCGAACACCUGCGUUGCGACCGUCGCCCACGCCCACCCUCCAAAGUUGUUGAACAGGUCCAGGAAAAGACCGCGCGAAUUAAGCGGCUGGGGAGCGUAGAGUAUGGGGAGGAGAGCGGGAAUAAGAGAGAAUAAUGAUAGCUGCACGUUGCGGACCCAGAGAUCCGCCUUUGAGUUUUUGAGCACCAUCUCAAAGUACACGCCCGCAAGGCCCGAGGUGAAGCACGCCGCCGUGACGGCGCCGAAGCCCUUGAGCGGGCUCAUAUGGUGGAACGGCGCCAGCUCGCUCGCGCUCCCGACCGGGAUCUCCUUCUGCGGCUUCCGCCCCGAGCUCGUCUGGAUCUGGACAAUCCCGACGCCCAGCGCGAGGAACGUCAGCGCAAGCCACUUCAUCGGCGUGAGUCGCCGC